AUGGCGGUGCUGCAUUACUACGUGCGGCCGGGCCCCCCCGCGCGGGCGACGCGCCCGGGGGACCCCCAGGAUGCCGGGGACCCCCAGGACGCGGGGGACCCCCCGGACACGGGGGUCCCCGGGGCGCGGGAGGCAGCGGCGGCGCUGCGGGCGGCCCAGGCCACCGGGACGGGCGUCACCGGCGUCACCUGCGAGCUCUGCUACAACGUGGGCUGGGACGCCGGCUCCGGCGCAGGCGAAGCCCCCCCGGACACGGAGCAGAGCCGCAUCCUGCACUGGCUUUUCGGGAGCCCCUUCGAGGAGGGUGACGUGGCCCCCCGGAGCUUCCUGCGUCCCCACGGCCACCAGCUGCUCCUGGAGAUCGGCCCCCGGUUGAACUUCUCCACGGCGGCGUCCACCAACGCCGUGUCGGUGUGUCGGGCGGCCGGGCUGCUCGGCGUGGGGCGCCUGGAGCGCUCCUGCCGCUACCUGCUGCAGUUUGACGGGCCACCACCGGCAGGGGCCGUGGAGCGCCUGGUGCCAGCGCUGAGCGACCGGAUGACGGAGCAGCUCUACCCCCAGCCCAUCACCUCCUUUGCCGUCCCCACCCGCCCCGUCCCCGUCACCACGAUCGAUGUCCUGGGCGACGGCCGCAAGGCCCUGGAGCGCGCCGACCGCGAGCUGGGGCUGGCCUUCGACGCCUGGGACCUCGACUACUACACGCAGCUCUUCCGGCGUGUGGGGCGCAACCCCACCUCCGUCGAGUGCUUCGACCUGGCCCAGUCCAACAGCGAGCACAGCCGGCACUGGUUCUUCAAGGGGCGCUUGGUGGUGGACGGGCAGGAGCUGCCCCAGUCGCUCUUCGAGAGCAUCAUGGACACCCAGAAGAGCAGCAACCCCAACAACGUCAUCAAGUUCUCGGACAACAGCAGCGCCAUCCGGGGGGUGCCGGUGGCGGCGCUGUGGCCCGGGGACCCGACGCGACCCAGCGCCUUCGAGAAGCGAACCAGCACCCGCCACGUCAUCUUCACCGCCGAGACCCACAACUUCCCCACGGCGGUGGCGCCCUUCAGCGGGGCCACGACGGGCGCGGGGGGCCGCAUCCGGGACGUGCAGUGCACCGGGCGCGGGGCCCACGUCAUCGCCGGCACGGCCGGCUACAGCUUCGGCAACCUGCUCGUCCCCGGCUACGAGCUGCCCUGGGAAGACGGGGCGCAGCCGUACCCCGAAACCUUCGCCCGCCCCCUCGAGGUCGCCAUCGGGGCCAGCGACGGGGCCAGCGACUACGGCAACAAAUUCGGGGAGCCCCUGCUGGCCGGCUUCGCCCGGUCCUUCGGGCAGGUGCUGCCGGGCGGCGAGCGCCGCGAGUGGAUCAAGCCCAUCAUGUUCAGCGGUGGCAUCGGCGCCAUCGAGGACGCCCACGUCCGCAAGGAGCCCCCCCAGCCCGGGAUGCUGGUGGUGAAGGUGGGGGGUCCCGUGUACCGCAUCGGCGUGGGGGGGGGCGCCGCCUCCUCCGUGCAGGUGCAGGGUGACAACGCGGCGGAGCGGGACGCGGGGGCGGUGCAGCGGGGCGACGCCGAGAUGGAGCAGAAGAUGAACCGGGUGCUGCGGGGCUGCGUGGAGGGCGCCGAGGACAACCCCGUGUGCAGCAUCCACGACCAGGGCGCCGGCGGCAACGGCAACGUCCUGAAGGAGAUCAGCGAGCCGGCCGGGGCCGUCAUCUACGCCAGCCGCUUCCAGCUGGGCGACCCCACGCUGAGCCUGCUGGAGAUCUGGGGGGCCGAGUACCAGGAGUCGAACGCGCUGCUGGUGCGGCCGCCGCGGGUGCCCCAGCUGCAGCGCCUGGCGCAGCGCGAGCGCUGUCCCCUGCACGUCGUGGGCACCGUCACCGGCGACGGGCGGAUCGUGCUGGUGGACGACCUGGCAUCCCCCGUGCCCGAGGGGGGGUCCCACGAGGGGCUCCCCACCCCCGUCGACCUGGAGCUCGAGUGGGUGCUGGGCAAGAUGCCCCGCAAGGAGUUCAUCCUGCACCGGGAGCCCCCCACCCUGCGCCCCCUGAGCCUGCCGCCGGGGCUGACGGUGCGCCAGGCGCUGGAGCGGGUGCUGCGGCUGCCGGCCGUGGCCAGCAAGCGCUACCUCACCAACAAGGUGGACCGCUCGGUGACAGGGCUGGUGGCCCAGCAGCAGUGCGUGGGACCCCUGCACACGCCGCUGGCCGACGUGGCCGUGGUGGCCCUGUCCCACUUCGACACGGUGGGGGCGGCCACGGCGCUGGGCGAGCAGCCCAUCAAGGGCCUCCUGGACCCGGCCGCCGGCGCCCGCCUCGCCCUCACCGAGGCCCUCACCAACCUCGUCUUCGCCCGCAUCACCGACCUCCGCGACGUGAAGUGCUCGGGCAACUGGAUGUGGGGGGGGAAGGCGGGGGCGGAGGGGGGGGCGCUGGCGGGCGCCUGCGGGGGCCUCUGCCGCCUCCUGCGCCGCCUCGGCGUCGCCCUCGACGGCGGCAAGGACUCGCUGAGCAUGGCGGCCCGCGUGGGCGCCCGCACCGUCCUGGCGCCCGGCACCCUGGUGGUCUCCGCCUACGCUGUGUGCCCCGACAUCACGGCCACUGUCACCCCCGACCUCAAGUGUCCUGAUGGCCAAGGCACGGUGCUGUGGGUGCCCCUGAACCCGGGGAAGCACCGCUUGGGGGGCAGCGCCCUGGCCCAGGUCUUCGCCCAGCUGGGCGACUCCUGCCCCGACCUGGAGGACCCCGAGGUGCUGGCGGCCGCCUUCCGCGUCACCCAGGAGCUGCUGCAAGAGCGGGUGCUGAGCGCCGGCCACGACGUCAGCGACGGGGGGCUGCUGGGCGGCGCCCUGGAGAUGGCCUUCGCCGGCAACUGCGGGCUGCGGCUGGACGUCCCCCCCGGGCCACCCGGCGCCACCCCGCUGGCGGUGCUCUUCGCCGAGGAGCCGGGGCUGCUGCUCGAGGUGGCCGCGGGCCACGCGGUGGCCGUGACCCGGCGCUACCGGGCCAGCGGCGUCCAGUGCGUGUCCCUGGGCCACAGCGGUCCCCAAGGUCCCCAGGCCACGGUGCGGGUGGCCGUGGGGGGCACCGAGGUGCUCCGGGAGCCGCUGGCCGAGCUGCGGGCGCUCUGGGAGGCCACGAGCUUCGCGCUGGAGCGGCUGCAGGCGGCGCCGGGCUGCGUGGCCCAGGAGGAGGCCGGCCUGGCCCGGCGCCGCGGCCCCAGCUUCCGCCUGACCUUCGACCCCGCGCUGCCGCCCCCCCUGCUCCGCCGCCUGGGUGCGGGUCCCGGGGGGUGGGGGGGGGAGCUGCCGGGGCCCCGCGUGGCCGUGGUGCGGGAGGAGGGCAGCAACGGCGACCGGGAGAUGGCGGCCGCCUUCGUCAUGGCCGGCUUCCAGGUGUGGGACGUCACCACCGAGGAUCUCUGCUCGGGGACCGUCGCCCUCGACGCCUUCCGGGGUCUCGUCUUCGUCGGGGGCUUCAGCUACGCCGACGUCCUGGGCUCGGCCAAGGGCUGGGCGGCGGCGGUGACCUUCAACGCCCGGGCGCGGGGGGCCCUGGAGACCUUCCGCCGGCGCCCCGACACCUUCAGCCUGGGCGUCUGCAACGGGUGCCAGCUGCUGGCGCUGCUGGGCUGGGUGGGCCCCGCCGGGGACCCCCCCCGCGACGGCCCCCCGCGCCCCGGGGUGCUGCUGGCGCCCAACGUCUCGGGGCGCUUCGAGUCGCGGUUCGUGGCCGUGCGGGUGGAGCCGGGGCCGGCGCUGAUGCUGCGCGACAUGGCCGGCUCCGUGCUGGGCGUCUGGGUGGCCCACGGCGAAGGCCGUUUCCAGUUCCGGGAGGCGUCGGGCCUGGCGGCGGCGCUGGCCGGGGGGCUGGCGGCCCUGCGCUACGUCGACGACGAGGGGCGCCCCACGGCCGAGUACCCGCUGAACCCCAACGGGGCGGCGGGCGCCGUGGCGGGGCUCUGCUCGCCCUGCGGGCGUCACCUGGCCCUCAUGCCCCACCCGGAACGGGCCGUGACACCCUGGCAGUGGCCUUGGUGGCCCCCGAGGUGGCCCCGGAGCCCCACGGCGGACGGCGGAGCCCCCCCGGCGCCGUGGUUGCGCAUGUUCCAGAACGCCUGCGAGUGGUGCCUGCGUUUCCCCCACGGCGAGAGUUGAGCCGUGGGGCUGGGGGUGGGGUGGGGGGCGGACCCACGGACGGACCCACGGACGGACCCACGGACGGACCUCAGCUACGGCCUGACCCACGGAGAGCCUCGACCCAUGGACGGACCUGAAGCAUGGAGAGAUCCUUGGAGAGACCCAUGGAGAGACCCAUGGAGAGCCCUGACCCACGGAGAGCCCUGACCCACGGAGAGACCCGACCCACGGAGAGACCCACGGAGAGACCUGGCCCACAGACAGACCUGACCCAUGGAGAGACCCACGGAGAGACCCAUGGAGAGACCCACGGGGAGCCCUGACCCACAGACAGACCUGACCCAUGGAGAGACCCAUGGAGAGACCUGACCCACAGAAGUGGGGUGGACACAUGGAUGGGCCAAUAGAUCUCAACUAUGGCCAGACCCAUGGAGAGCCCUGACCCACAGACAGACCUGACCCAUGGAGAGAUCCUUGGAGAGACCCACGGGGAGACCCACGGAGAGACCCACAGAGAGCCCUGACCCACGGAGAGCCCUGACCCACGGAGAGAUCCUUGGAGAGACCCAUGGAGAGACCCACGGAGAGACCUGACCCACAGACAGACCUGACUCAUGGAGAGACCCAUGGAGAGACCCACGGGGAGCCCUGACCCACGGAGAGACCUGACCCACGGAGAGAUCCUUGGAGAGACCCACGGAGAGCCCUGACCCAUGGAGAGACCCAUGGAGAGACCCACGGGGAGCCCUGACCCACAGACAGACCUGACCCAUGGAGAGACCCAUGGAGAGACCCAUGGGGAGCCCUGACCCACAGACAGACCUGACCCAUGGAGAGACCCACAGAGAGCCCUGACCCACGGAUGUGGGGAUUGACAGAGAGACAGACACAUGGACAGACCCACAGGUGGGCCCACGGAUGGACCUGAAACAUGGAGAGACCCACGGCUGCCCCACAGCCAGCUGUGACACGUGCAUGGACCCACAGACAGAAGAACCACGGACAGACCCACGGACAGACCCACGGACGGAGCCAGGGCUGCCCCACAGCCAGCUGUGACACGUGCAUGGACCCACAGACAGAAGAACCACGGACAGACCCACGGACAGACCCACGGACGGAGCCAGGGCUGCCCCACAGCCAGCUGUGACACGUGCAUGGACCCACAGACAGAAGAACCACGGACAGACCCACGGACAGACCCACGGACAGAGCCAGGGCCGCCCCACAGCCAGCUGUGACACGUGCAUGGACCCACAGACAGAAGAACCACGGACAGACCCACGGACAGACCCACGGACAGAGCCAGGGCUGCCCCACAGCCAGCUGUGACACGUGCAUGGACCCACAGCCAGAAGAACCACGGACAGACCCACGGACAGACCCACGGACGGAGCCAGGGCUGCCCCACAGCCAGCUGUGACACGUGCAUGGACCCACAGACAGAAGAACCACGGACAGACCCACGGACAGACCCACGGACAGAGCCAGGGCUGCCCCACAGCCAGCUGUGACACAUGCAUGGACCCACAGACAGAAGAACCAUGGACAGACCCACGGACAGACCCAUGGACAGAGCCAGGGCCACCCCACAGCCAGCUGUGACACAUGCAUGGACCCACAGACAGAAGAACCAUGGACAGACCCACGGACAGACCCACGGACGGAGCCAGGGCUGCCCCACAGCCAGCUGUGACACGUGCAUGGACCCACAGCCAGAAGAACCAUGGACAGACCCACGGACAGACCCACGGACGGAGCCAGGGCUGCCCCACAGCCAGCUGUGACACGUGCAUGGACCCACAGACAGAAGAACCACGGACAGAACCACGGACAGACCCACGGACAGACCCACGGACAGACCCACGGACAGAGCCAGGGCCGCCCCACAGCCAGCUGUGACACGUGCAUGGACCCACAGACAGAAGAACCACGGACAGAACCACGGACAGACCCACGGACAGACCCACGGACGGAGCCAGGGCUGCCCCACAGCCAGCUGUGACACAUGCAUGGACCCACAGCCAGAAGAACCAUGGACAGACCCACGGACAGACCCACGGACAGAGCCAGGGCUGCCCCACAGCCAGCUGUGACACGUGCAUGGACCCACAGACAGAAGAACCACGGACAGACCCACGGACAGACCCACGGACGGAGCCAGGGCUGCCCCACAGCCAGCUGUGACACAUGCAUGGACCCACAGACAGAAGAACCACGGACAGACCCACGGACAGACCCACGGACGGAGCCAGGGCUGCCCCACAGCCAGCUGUGACACAUGCAUGGACCCACAGACAGAAGAACCACGGACAGACCCACGGACAGACCCACGGACAGACCCACGGACAGACCUGACCCACGGCCACGUGCCCCGUCCCGUGUCCUCUCCCCCCCCCCCACCUUCACCCCCUCCCCACCUCAGCACCCCACGGAGGCUCCACCCCUCCUCCCGCCCCCACACACACACUGACCAAUAGGAGCUGAGCCACGCCUCCUCCCCCAGCCAAUGGGGAGCCAGGCCCCGGCGGCGAGGGGCGGGGCCUUUAAUAUUAAACAGCUGCGGAGGUGC